AGCCGGGGGGCGGGGCUCGGGGAGCCGGCGGUGACUGGGCCGGAGCGUGGCCCGAGGCCGCCAGCCUCCUCCCUGGUGGCUGGACCAUGCCGGGGGACCGCAUGGCGACCUCCCUGAUCCAGAAGAUCGCCCGCCAGGCCCGCACCACCUUCAAGCUGCUGCCUCUGGCCGAGGCCGGGCCCGGUUCGGCGCCGGGGCCUGGGGCUUUCCAGGACAACCUGAGCCAGCUGAGCUCGCUGCUGGAGAAGGUGAAGGCCGAGGACCUGAACCUGACGCCCCGCAGGAACCAGGGCCCGCGGCAGGCCGGGCCCCCGGUCACCUACAUGCACAUCUGCGAGAGCGAGCAGUUCUCCAUGGGGGUGUUCCUGCUGCAGGCUGGAGCCUGCAUCCCGCUGCACGACCACCCGGGGAUGCACGGCCUGCUCAAGGUGCUCUACGGCAGCGUGGCCAUCGAGUGCUUCGACAAGGACGACGGCGAGCAGGCCGCGGCUGGCGUCCAGUUCAACCCGCCCCUGCUGCAGGGCCAGCGGGCCAGCCUCCGCCGCUCGCUGCGCUCCUCCAGCCGCCUCCUGGAUCAGGCGAGCGGGCCGUGCCUCCUCACCCCGCGGCUCAGCAACAUGCACCGGAUCGAGGCGCCGAACGGGCCGGCCGCUUUCCUGGACAUUCUGGCGCCGCCUUACGACCCCGAGGCCGGCAGGGACUGUCAUUACUUCAAGGUGCUGCAGCCGGUGCCGGGCAAAGCCAGCAGCCCAGCUCCCCCCGAGCAGGAGGCCGUUUGGCUGCUGGAGGUGCCGCAACCCGCCGACUUCUGGUGCGGAGGAGAACCUUAUCCCGGUCCCCAGGUGGUACCUGACCGAGAAGCGAGCCCGAAGGAAUAGUCAUGUACCCAUUUACAGUGAAGAACCCUUCACGAACUCUUCAGCCAAGCUCACUUCGCCCCCUACCCCCUGCAUGGUUAAUGCUCUUUUUCAUGUUGCAGAGUCGACCCAACCUUUAAUAACUUUGUUCAUAGCCACACCAAAAACCAAUAUCCUCAAACUCUUCUGGAGAGGAAUGAAAACAAAACUUUGCGCCUGGACCUUUCAAGUUAAAAGUAGAAAAAUUGUGUAUUCAUUCACAUCUAUUGAUUCUGUGCAGUAACAUUUUCGAUCCAGAAAAUGCUAGUGAAGCUCAGCCUGUCUGAGGAGAGAAGGAAUCUGUGUUGAGUAUAUGUAUUCAGGAUAUGAGAUAUUAUAUAAUGGAUCUGUCCAGCCUUUUUUUUCAGAUUGUCAGACCAGCAUUUAAUUGGUAAACAUCCUAGUGAUUUUAUUGAGAGUGCAACCAAUCAUCCAAAAUGUCGUGUUUACCUGGAAUGCAGACUUUAUAAAUACUCAGAAGUGGAGGUUGAUCAGUUCAGUUGUUUUCUGAAGUAUGGAAAUUUCUGAGGACAUAACUUUAUUUCUUUUCCCAGUAAGAACAAAACACUAUUGGUAGAAAUACUAUGAAUUCAUGUUUUGUAUUCAUGUGUGAACAACUGUAUUUUCAUAUGAACUCUGUUUUAACUGUUUCCAAAGCAGUCAUCAACCUGAACUUGACAGCCACAGAAGGUACAGGUGGACAAACAUCUUAAAAUUUCUCGCUUCCUUUGAAACCAGUUGCCUCCAGAAUUCACCACCCGCCCCCUCUAAGCACUGCUUCUUUUUUGUUUAAUGUCAUAUAUGCUACCGUUUUGGCAUAAGUAUUUUAAGAAAGGAGUCAUCAGGAGUUCAAUGCCCAUACUGUUUACCAGCACCUGGGCCUGUUUGUCUUGUAUAUUUACUGUGAUGCUACGUCAAAUGCGUUAUCAGAGAAUCAUUUUGCACUUUGGAUUCCAAAAUGCUGACCUUAACAAUGUUAGCCAGCAAUUUAGUCAAUAAAAUCUGUUAUUCUACGCAACAUCCAGAUAUAUGAAAUGUUGAAAGGUUUUGGAAGUGGUAGUAAAGAAAUUCUUACUGACAUGUUCAUGAAACUACUGUGAAAUUAAAGCGUUGUUGAUAUGGAGGGCUGUGGGAACUGUUUGUUUAGCUCUGUACAGCACUUCCUUGUUAGCGCUGAUAUGGUGGCUUGAUUUUCAAAAGCAACGUGACAACUGGUUGGAAACAAUUAUUUUGGUUUAGUCACUAUGUAAUAACUGUGACUGCGCGACAAAGCGCUCAUUUAGAAUUAGUUAUCAAGAUUAUUGUAUACAUUUAAACUUUUUUUUUAAAACUGAGAGUAGGAUUUUCUUAUAAAUCCGCAAUGCCAAUUUAUUGCAAAAUCUGCUUGGAAUGACUGUCUUUAUAAAUAUUGGGAAAGAAGACUAAAUGUAGCCAUAAAAGGGAAACAUAACCAAAGGCUAACUUCAUAACCAGCAGUAACCUAAGAAGCAAAGGGCUGAGAUUUUCUAUUCAUGUUGGCCAUAAUUUUCAAACAUAACUUCAAAUAAGAUAUCCACUGAAAUAUUUUUAAUUCACCCAGCUGCAACAUGUGACAUGUUCCCUUUCAGAACCCCCACUGCUGGAAGCUCGUCUGAUAUGACUGUGCAGCCUUGUGCUACAUUGCAGCUCUAUAAUGAUUGUGUGCCCCCUUCCCUGCUAUAUUCCCUUUUUGGUUUGUUGAGUUCUGCACUAUUAGAAGUACAUUAUUUUUAUUUGAAAUAAUACCUUAGCCUUUAAGGAGUGGAUAUGAUUUUAUUGCAAGAGCUAUGAAACUGUGGAAAGGUGAAAAUUGGACUUAUUGAAAUAAGUUAUGUAAUUGUCCUGCCUAAGUGGUUGUUUUUUUGUAAGUAUAGUGUUGAGUAAAAGUUGUCCAUGUAGUUUUGCAUGCUGUGGUCCAUAAUCCUCAAUGCAGUUUAUUUAGUACUCCAUGUGAAAAUACAAUGCAGAACAAAAUGUUUAGCCAUUUCUUUUAUUCAGUAUUGUAUAAAUAAAAUGGAGUAGAGAAAUAUGGUUUUUGGUUCACUUAGCUGAGUUAUGCUGUUUAUAUUGGUGGAGUAAAAAUCAUAUCUGCUUUUUAUGUAUUAUCUUUAGAUUGUACUAUUUCAGCAGUACAGGUAUAUGACAAAAGAUAUUCACUUUAUUAGAAAAUAUUCUUGAGCAAUAAAAUGUAUAGCAUGUGAUUUACUGAUGCUGUAUUCUUCAAAAUGUUAAUACUGGAAGUUUAAGCACCCUGAGCAUUGUUCUAAAUGUAAUGUGGUCGCUCAUUUCAUUACAAAUUCCCAAACAUUCAUUCUCAUAUUUGAGUGAUGCAUGAGCAAUCUUAAGAGUUGCUGGGUAGUAACUGAAGUGCUUUUGGUACAAAGCCAUCUAAACUCCUGAGGUUUUGACCCAAAUCACUAGAGCUGAGUGCACAAACCAGAAGCAUUGAUGAUUGUUCAAUCAGUAAAGCAAUGCAUGGGUUGACUAAAUGUAAAGUUAGUUUAUAGGAAAAUGUGAGUGGUUCACAUUAAUGGCUGGUGGUUGCUCCACUAGGCUUUCAAUUGAUGAACAGAAGUUCAGGAUUUUGGAAAUAAACAUUUCUGCUUCAGUAAAUAUUUGUUUUCAGUAAAUAUUUGGGUGAGGCCUAGCCAGCAACAACUUUACUUCGCACUGCAACCAUCAUCAUUCUUACAUAGUUAAAAUGUAGAUAAAGCAUUUUUUAAAAUACCAGCAUAAUAGUCGAACCAAACAGUUGAGCAGCAGAAUGGAAUAAAGAUAUAAAUUGGUCUUUAAAAAUAUGGAAUGUUUCUGUUUAGUCAAGUUGUAAUAACAGAUAAAACAAUAUUCUUUAAGAUUUGUUGUGGUAAGCUUUCAACUGGACACAUGCAUGAGAGGUAAUAUCAUAAUCCUGGCCUGUGCUUGUGAACUUGGCUCUUUUUUUAGUUGAAUGAGAAGUCCAUGAGUUUAACCUAUUUUCCAGGGAGUGCUACAUUGCCAAAAGUACCAUAUUUCAGAAUGAGACUUUAAACCAAGGCUUUCUAUCUGUCCUCGGGUGGAUGUAAAAGAUACAUGGUACUAGUUGAAGAACAGGAAAGUGCUUGUGUUAUCCUGGGUAAAGUCUGUCCCUCAGCCUCUAAUGGGUCACUUUGUUUCAAGGGCCUAUCUGUAAGGAAGUUGCUCUUUUAAAACGCCUCCACAUCUGUGUGUGCAAUUGAGAAGUCACUAAUUAACAAUGAAGCACUGAAUUAUUUUGAUGUUAAAAGGUACCCAUGUACUUUUCAGGUGCCAGUUCAUUUUGUUUUAAUGGAACCAAUAUGGGGAAUGAAACCUAACAGGUCACAUUGCUUCUAUGCUAGACAGAGGAUUUGGAUCCUGAUCAAUAACAGUCAUUCAGGUUUCCCUGCUACAUCUGACUGUCUGGCAUUCUAUUUCUACCUGACCUGCCUAACUCAUCCAGUCUUAAGGUUUUUAUCCUGUGUGUGCUUGAUCAAUUCCUCCCUUAUCAGAAUUUCAUGCUUGAUGUCUUCCUCUUCCUUUUUCUGUGCUUAACUUGGGGUCAAUUUUUAUAUAUGGCCUGAGGUGUUAACACCACUGUCUAUGAACCAAUGUCAAAUCAUUAGUAUAGUGGCUGGAGAGAUUCCAGCAUGUGCCAAAAUACUGCACACCCUAUUGUUUCUCUCCUCUGAGCAGAUUGAACUCAGUCAUGCACACUGUGAGAUCUUGUUCUUUGACAGUAAAAUCAACAGUUUCCAUUUACAACUUUAUUUGUCCCAUUCUCAUUGUUUGUUUGCUUCUAAAUCACUCAGCCAGAUCUCCAGGCUUAGAUCUGACAAUACACAUUUCCUGUACUAAAUCCUAUGCGAUGUCAUUCUAAUUGCUUGACCUUGGCAGCUCUCAUUUUCUCCUCAUCCUAGUGUAUUGUGAUAGAUUAAUUUUUAGCAUCUAUAUAGAUCGUGUCAUGCAUUAACCUUUUUGUUUCUUGCUGCAAGCUGAAGCAACUCAAUGUUUCUGUUUGUGUCAUCUGAUUGUCUAUAGUAUGAUCACUCCCUUCACAGCACCAUCUAUGACAAAAUUUCCAAUCAUCACAGCCUUGCAUUUUGAAGUUUUCUACCUAAGUCCUUCCAUCUUCCAUCCAUAUCCACAUUGUUACAGUGACUGUGUUUCAGAAGUACUUUGUUGACUUAUAAAACACUUUAGGAUGUGUUGAAUGGUGCUAUGUGAAUGAGUGCAAGUCAUUUGAAUUCGUUGAAAUAAAAUCAUGAAUCUCAGGUGUUUCAAAACUUUGUUGAAGUGCAUUGAUUAUAAAGUGGGUCAUAAAAUGGGUUGAUUCACCAUAACCCUGUUUUGCCAUCAGUCGCCAUGUUUCUGCUCUAUAUGCAUGUGGGUGUUAUUUUGCCAGGGUUACUGAUGCACUAAAUAGUAGUGCAAGCUGGUCUUCUGUCCAUGCAGCCCACGCACCCUCACACCCCCCACUACCCCCUUCAUAAUAGUGGAAAGAUAUUUUAUGGAUUUGGAAUGUUUCACAUUGAAAUUCAAUAUCAAUUCUCAGUCAGUUGUAGGAAAUACUGGAGAAAACAUAUGAAAAUUGCUUUUGUCCAUUACUAAGUCCCUUCCAUUCUUUCCACCAUCCUUAUAAAGUCUUUUGGUAGUAAACACUAAGGAAAUGAGUGUUGUUUCCCAAAAAAUGAAAGUUCAAGCAGCUUAAACUAUAAACUUGUUAUAGUAAAAAUGGUUUGGCACUUCAAGGGUGUAGUUUUUCAAUAAAAUUUAACUUUAAUUAACAGUUCUUGUCUUUUUAAAAAAACUUAGUUUUAAUGCAUGCUCUAUGUUCCUAUUGGAAAGUGGUAACUAAAAUCAAUUGGCAAGUGACAGAUUGAAAGCAAAUCUGAGGUUGGUUCAGAUGCACAGUUUAGUGGUUUUCAUUUGCCUAUGUAAGUUGGUGUCUUGAUCUAUAUCAAACAAUAUCUGAUUAUUUAUUUGAGGAAUUGCCACCAAUCAGUAUUCUGUCUUUGAGUGGCUAAGAAGGUAGCCUCAUUUUACUGCAGUACAGAACCUGUAAAAUUCUGUAACCAUAAGCAGUAAAAUCUAUUCAGGAUAUCAAUAUUGUAAAAUGUACAACAAUUGCACUGCCUGUAUCUAAGUUUUAUGUUAAAUAAAUGAAAAUACAAACCAA